AUGGCCGCCCCCCGCCCGGCGCACGGCUGCGGCAGCGGCGCUCUGCUGGGCCGCUUCGGGGUGCUGCUGCAGGCGCUGCUGGCCCUCUGCGCCUUCAGCACCCUCAUGCUAAAACGAUUUAAGGAACCAAAGGAAGAGAGGCGUCCCUGGAGGAUAUGGUUUUAUGAUACCUCCAAGCAAGCAAUAGGUGCCCUCUUCAUCCACUUUGCCAAUAUUUUUCUGUCGGAUCUCACUGAAGAGGACCCUUGCUCUCUCUACCUUAUUAAUUUCAUCCUUGAUGCCACACUGGGGAUGCUGCUGAUCUGGCUUGGCGUGAAGGUUGUCUCCUGGAUCGUGCAGCACAAGAAGUACACGUACCUGGUCUUCGGAGAAUAUGGUGACCCUCCACAAGCUGCUGCCUGGAUUGGCCAGUGUAUCCUCUACUUGCUGAUAAUGGUUUUUGAGAAGAUUGUGAUUAGCCUUGUCCUGCUUAUCCCUGGUUGGACAAAGCUUCAGCAGAUCCUCCUGGGUUACAUCCCGAACCCCCAGCUGGAGCUUGUCCUGGUCAUGCUUGUUGUGCCUUUUAUAGUCAAUGCCAUUAUGUUCUGGGUUGUGGACAGCUUGAUCAUGAGGAAAUAUAAGCAGAAAGACACCCUGGACAUCAAUGGAUCCAUAGAAACUCCUCGGGCUAGGCGGACGGAGGAAUCUCAGAUGAUGUGGCUGGAGGAUGCCCACGCAUGGCUCCGUCUGCAUCGUGCAAAUGCUCCAGGCCGGUGGCAGCCAGUUAGCUCAAAACAGCCUGUUGGUAGCUUCAAGUCUGAAGUGCUACUCUCUCCAGACAUGGAUUUUGAUCAGUCUGAAAGUGACCAGGAUAUUUCAGGACUCCAGGGAACGAACCAGAAGAUGAAGCAGCCCAGCUAUCAAGUGGUCAUCUGACAACACAGAGACAAGGGAGGUGGAGGAAUGGAAAGCAACACUGUGAUCCUUGAGCUGGCCGAGGAAGGGCAGGGUGGGGAAUGCUAGUUGAUCCCUAUGGAUCUGCAGAGAUCCUUUUGCCCACCGCAUCUAGAUCUAUCCUUCUGCCGUUGUCUCUUUGGGAUGGUGUCUGUGCAUCCUAUACAGGCUUGAGCAGUAUCUGCUUUACCUGUUGGACCCUAACCUGCACACAUGUAGGCACGUUGAGGUUGGGGGUAUGGAUAUGUACUUCCCCUGGCUGGCCAGCUGGGUGUAACUUUGUCAGGGCUAGAGACUGAAAUCAAAAGAUUGUCUGCUUUUUUUAAUAGAAAAGAAAAAAAAAUCUAUUCUGUACUACCUGAACUGUGACACUUUUUUAUAUGCACAAUACUCAAAAGAAUUGGUUUGCAGUAUGUAUUUAAA